AUCUGAAAACAACAUUGGAUACAAAGGUGUGAUGGUUCUUAUAGAGCAGUUGCCGCCAUGUUCACAACUCAAGAAGAUCGAAUUAAAGGUCUGCAACAUCGGCGACGGUGCCUUCAAGAUGCUUGCCUUUCGCGUCAUCCGUUGUCCUUUGAUUGAAGAGAUAAUCUUGUCUUGGAACAAACUUGGAGAUGAAAGUGCGGCAGAUCUGGCAAAGGUCCUCCCAAGGAUGGCACGGUUGCGAAUCCUGGAUCUGGAAAAUAAUUGUAUCACAGCUAAUGGAGCCGAGAAGCUGGCAGAAGAACUCAUUCGCUGUCGUGGGAUCCAGUCCGUACGCUUGUGGCGCAAUCCAAUCCCGAAGGCCGUCGAGCAAAAACUGAGCGAGCGAGAGCCAAAGAUGAUUUUUUCUUUUGUUUAAGAGAGACGAGGCGACUCUUAGCCACGGAUCCAACAUUAAAGAAGCCAGGGUUAGAAAGGAAGAAACCAGAGAAGAGUUGGGUUGAAGGCCAAUGCUUUAUUUGAGAGAGAAAUGCUCAGCAUAGGACGCGAAAGGGAGAAUUGGGCAUG